CAUAUACGGAUAUCGAUAGGAGAUACAAAGUUGACGAGGGCGAAGUCUACAAAUUUUACAUCAUGAAAUACAAAGGUCUUUUGCCGUCAUUUCAAAGUGGUAACUGAAUAUUUCAUAACGGAAUAAUUUCUUCUUAAAUAUAUCGCCAUGUCAUCAGAAAUAUAUGAUGCAGACGGCGCAAUGCUGAAACCUAAAGUUUUAACCGAAGUUCUCCGUCAAGUGAAUACUUCUGGAGUUCAGAGUACUUUACUUCUGAAUCAAGAAGGGGCUUUAUUAGCCUACGCUGGCUAUGCUAACAAAGAUCCCCAAGUUACGGCAACAAUUGCUAGCAAUAUUUGGGGUGCAUAUGUGAAAAGCGGAGAUAUGGCCUUAGAUGGUGACAAAUUGAAGUAUGUUUUGUUACACAAUGAGGAAGGUAAAGUUGCAAUUACCUGCGUAGGAAACUUACUUCUUUGUAUUUAUGCAAAAGAAACUGUAGAUUUUGGAAUGUUAAAAGCAAAGCUACAAGCACUUGCCACGUAUUUAGAAGGACCUUUACAACGUGUGGCUGCUUCCUGAUCCAAUUUACUGUUGAAAUAGCCAGUAUUACGUUCCUCCUACACCAGUGAACCCUUGCAAUUAUCUGCUGGCCAAACCUGUAUUGGAUGGGUUGGGGAACCUUCAACUGCUUCCUCACAAUUUAGCAGAAAUAUUUUUUUUUUAACUCAAAGAGAAAUUGAACAUUAUGCAAUGAUCUUCCUCAAAAUUAAAUUCACCCAUCUAAUACAAGCCAAUACGCCAUAUCUGGAAUAUUUUUUCUUCAUUUAAGUAAUAUGGUGUGGGCCAGACAAAGUAAAUACUUGAAUACCUGUCUUUUCCAUGAUUUUUAUUUCUGUGCAAAUACAAUUUUUAACAAAAAAAAAAAAAACAGAAAGGUUGUAUAUUACUUUUUUAAUCUAUGAACAAUUGUUUUCUGUAAGUUAAUACUAAGCAGUAUUAUUUGAGGCUUUGGGGUAACGAAAGACAUUUUAACCUUUAGUCUGCUGGAUUAACCUCUGCUAACAGUGUCAUAUUAUUUUCAAAUCUAUUUUUUUGCAGCAGCAAUGAAGAUUUGAAUCUGGUUGCUUAAAAGUGUCACAUUUAAUGAUAACAAUUUCAAAUUACAUUUCACACUAAAUAUCUGAAUCACCAAAACAAAUAUGUAAUGUUGUGACCAAGGUUGCCUGCAGUGUGCUAAAGAUUAAAACAAAAGAUUAUUAUCAAUUUUUUUUUUAAUAUUUUUAUUUUUCCUUCUCAUUUUAAAAUAUAAAUUUUGGCUAUAUGAUGCUGUGGUUUUAAGGCUCUUUAAUAAUGAAACAUUUCUUUUCAUUGCUUUCCCAUAAAUGAUAACUCUGACUUUUAAUAAUUUGAAUUUUCCUUUAUUUUUUUUUUUAUAAAUAUUUCAAUAUUGACAUAGGUUUCUAUCUCUUUCCUUCUUUUUAUUAUUAUUUUUUUUUUUCUCAUUUAACUGUUCUGAAGGAAGCGGUCAGUCUAAGGCUGCUAUUCUUGGACCAAAAGAAAUUAAACAUUCACUAUUGCGCCUUGAAAUUAAAAGUAAAUUUAUAAAAAAAAAACAAAAAAAUAAACAAAUGCAAAUUGUCAAAAUGUUUUUGAGACAUUUUACUGCAGCUAAUUAUUCAUUUUGGUUAUAAAUAUUAUCUUAGAGAAAUAUAGUCUAAACCUUUGAUUUUUUUUCCAUUUUAGUGAAUUUGUGGAUAAAAGAUAAUUUCUGAAACCAAAUUUGUAGUUUUAUUGGUUCAAUUUACUGAAUUUUAAGUGUGGUAUUCUUGAAUUUCUAUAGGAAAAUGAAUAUCACAUUUGCAGCAGUGUGAAUUAAUUGUGCAACAAUGCAUAUCGAUGUUAUCUCCUCUGUCUUGGACCAUGUGUUGUUCCAACAGUGCCAUUUUAACUCUUGCAUCUUUGUUGCCACUGCUUUUUGGAUCAGAAAAACAAGUAUUGUCGAUAUUUGCAUUUUGUGGACAUUGCAAGGAAGAACAACAUACCUUUUUACCAUGCAAAUAUAAAUAUUUGUAUUUUAUUUAAUUCAAUAAACUAAUUCUUUAAAUAUUUUUUUUUAAA